AUGGGGCCUACGCCCAGUCCAUUAGUCCAUGGAGCAAACCACCUCACAACUGGGCUAGGUGCUGGCUCAAUCGGGCGGGCUGCACUGACUGGGCCACCAUACGGCAAGGUAGAUAUCUGCUUAUGUACCUCGCGUAAUGGGCCAAGAUGGCUGAAAUCGUGUUUUUCGGUGCCCCUUGGCCAUCACAUGACGACCAGCAGCAGCAGCAGCGGUCACUCUAUGGCAGCUGCCGAGGUAUUGGUUCGAUAUGGCAGAGUUCAGAGUGUUAGAAUUAUCACCACACCAGCGUACAAUCCCACCUCCUCCGGUUCAGCAGCACUCGGGCACGGAACAGUCGAUUCCAAAGAGCACACCGAGAAUGGCCCACACCAGUCAAUGCUGGGACCUCCCGCUGAAGUUUCCGACGGUCACGGACCAUCUGGGACGAGUUCCUCCUCUUCCUCUGUUUGCGCAUCUGCGUCUUCUUCGUCAUCGUAUUCGGCUGCAGGAUCAGCAGAACAUUCGACCGAUUUUAACGUUAGCAGUAGUAAUAGUAAUUGUAAUGUUAGUCAUAAAACUGUCCCUAGUUUAUCGAAUACCAGUAGCAGCAGCAGCAGCGGCAACAGCUUGGUACUCAGCGUGUGCGCUACGAUCGCCUUCAUGGACAUCAAAUCUGCGUCGAAGGCGCACACUGCCGAGCACAAGUUUGACGAUCGGAUAUUGACCACCGAAUACUAUGAACCAUCUCUUGCGAUGCCUCCGACCGUAGCCCUUUCGACUGUAAGCGGCAACAAUGCCAAUUGUGGCUCAACGACUCCCGGCGAUAGCAGCAGCAGCAACAACAGCAACAGUGCAGCACCUUCUAACGCUCCGAUGCAGAAGCAUGCCAGCAAUAAUGGUCACAGUGCAGGAAAUCCCCUUGUUCAGUACUCCUCUUCGGCGUCCUCUGCUAGCUAUCUUCCUAUGUCGGGUUCAGUAUCAAUGUCUGUCGUCGGUAGUAAUAGUUGCUCGAAUGGCAGUUCUGUCAAAGCUGCUGAUUCCUUGGUUGGGAAGAGUGUUGUAGGACACGGUGAUGAACACGGGACGUUCUAUGAUUGUAGCAACGGCAUGAGCACUAGCAGUAGCUGCAGUAGUAGUUCUAGCAAAAACACAAACUUCAACCGUAUCCAGCAGAACUGUGGUGGUGCUCUAGGAGGUGAUGAGAAUCCUCAUGUUAAUAGUUGUAGUAGCGCUAGCAUUGGUAGCACAGGUGGUAACGGUCGCAGAAUGUCCGCUUCUAGCUAUUCUACUGGGCGGGAUCAGAUAGACGGGGCCGCCCAGAGCGGUGGUGCUGCUGCUGGUAACAAUCGGAGUCGUCAGCGGGAUCGACAGCACUACCGUAAUGGACCGUACUCGACACUUCCGGAUAGCAGAUCCAAUCCAGUCGGUCAUCAUCGAGUAGCGCCAACCAAUUGGUACGGCACAGCAAGCGGUGAUACGACACCUAACGCUCAGCAGGCAUCCUCCGGGUCGGGUUCGGCACCGCCAACUCCUACGCGUAACGUGUACGCGAACCCGAGUGACACUAUUGUCAAUCCAGGGUCGUCGACUUCGUCUACUGUUCAGCCGUCUACAGGAGCAAACACUACCAGCACCAUUGGUGAGCGUGCUCCAGGCUUCAACGUAAAUAACAACAGCUAUGAGAGCUAUACCGUGAACAAGAAACAACAAAAGUCCUGCUCUUCGGAUUCGGAAUCACCCAGUGAACAGGGCACGGGGCGGCUCCAUCAGCAGGCAUCUUACCAUCAACAUCCGCCGCACCACCAGAGACACACGUCGCCGAUCUCAGCAACGUCUCAUAACGUUCACUACCAUCACCACUAUCCCAGCGGACAUCAUCAUAAUAACACCGCGACCGGAGGACAUUCUAGCACUCAAAGUACGCACAAUAGCAGAGCUGAUCGAUCGAACUCGAGGUCUCGAUCGCAUUCACCUAGCAGUUCGUGUUCUUCGACGAACAGUACGACAACGAGUCAAUCGAACGAAACAUCUUCGACUACCAGAAGUCCGGCAAAUUCCAGUGGAAUUUAUGGUAGUCAUACCUUUGCUGGUCGCGAAGUUACAACCAAACAAGAUCGGAUAGACCGCGACUUUACGACAACACGCGGUUGUUUACAAUCGGCUGUUGCAGUUGGUGGUGGUAACUGCGUGAACAAUAAUGGGAAUAGCUCCGGUGCGAGCAACAGCAGUGGUUCCGGUGCCAGUCAGUUAAAUUGUCAUUCGGACGACAACCGUCCUUUGGCCAUUUGUGUGCGAAAUUUACCAGCUCGAUCGUCGGAUACUUCACUGAAGGAUGGCCUGUUUCACGAGUACAAGAAGCACGGCAAAGUGACGUGGGUGAAGGUCGUUGGCCAAAGCACCGACCGAUACGCGCUGGUAUGCUUCAAAAAGCCCGAGGAUGUUGAAAAGGCAUUGGAGGUGUCCCAGGAUAAGUUAUUUUUCGGCUGUAAGAUUGAAGUAGCACCGUACCACGGAUACGACGUUGACGAUAACGAAUUUCGUCCGUAUGAGGCGGAGCUGGACGAGUUCCAUCCCAAGUCCACCCGAACUCUCUUCAUUGGUAACCUCGAGAAGGACAUCACGGCCAAUGAGCUGCGAAAACAUUUCGAUUGUUUUGGUGAUAUAAUUGAGAUUGACAUCAAGAAGCAAGGUGUUAGUGCUUACGCAUUUUGCCAAUAUUCGGACAUAAUUAGUGUAGUGAAAGCCAUGCGUAAAAUGGACGGUGAACAUUUGGGCACCAAUCGAAUCAAGUUGGGGUUUGGUAAAUCGAUGCCCACGAAUUGUGUAUGGAUUGACGGUAUUGCCGACAGUGUUGGUGAAGGUUAUUUGAAGUCUCAGUUCGAUCACUUUGGUGUUGUAUCGCAAGUGACGAUUGAUAGGGAACGAAAAUUGGCAUUAGUGUUCUUUGAGCAAGUACAGUGUGCUCAAGUGGCUGUGAAAGAAAUGCGAGGGGCAACGUUACGGGGGCGUAAACUUCAAGUAGACUUCGCAUCGCGGGAAUGUCAAGACGCGUUUUUCGAUAAACUGGACAAACAAACAAACCCUGCUUUCGGAUCACCUCGGUUUGAAUCCGGAUCUGGGAGUAGGUAUAGCAAUAGUCGAUAUGUUGAAAGUUCCGGCCGUAGCAGAGCAGCAUCCUUCAGUAGGCCCGGAAAUCCGUUAAGUCACAGUGGAGGAGCUGUAUCACCACGUCUGGAUCCGUCACCGGUUUCGUUGAAUCGAGGCCCUAGCACUGCUAACGCUACUUCACGAUCUCGAAUCGUUCGGUAUUUGAGCGAUGACUAUUACCUGGACAGUGGAAGUUCUCACAGUAGUAGUAAUGAGCGAAGGUUUCGGAACUACGACGAGUAUAGCCAAGGCUCUGCUGCCAGCUCCCACGAGGAUGGAUACGAACAUGAGAACUACAGAAACAGUGCUCAUGACCGGUUACAUCCAGCAACCACUACUUCUGACUCUCCCCCGCCGUCCGUUGCAUCCAGUGGUCUAUCUUCCUCCAUACAAUCUCGUUUGGGCGAAGUUGAUCCAGGGGUGAAUAGGAAACGAACCGAGAAAAGUUCAGGUGAUAUACGAUAUUUACAAAAGGAGAGAGUGCAUAUUUUAGAACAAUUAGAAGAAUGCCCGUCCAGUGGUGAUGAGUUAGUGAGUCCAAAGAAACGUAUCAAAUACAAUUCAGAUGCUCACCAGGGCGGUGAACCGUCUGAUCAUCAUCAUCCCCAUUAUUCUUCUUCUACUACUACUGCGUCGACGGUCGAUGCGAGUAGCAGUGUGUGUGAUCCUUCGAUGUCAACUAGCGGCGGAAGCAGUGGACAUCAUCAUUACAAUAGUAGUACCAACAACAGCAAUAGUAAUAACCAUUACAACAGUCAUCAUCAUCAUCACCACCAUAGCAGUAGCGAUAGUAAUAUGCAGUCCGGGUUUUCCUCUUCCUCGGCAUCGCACCACCGAAAAUGCGUCGAGGCUCGGCGGUUAUCCGACUGUAACCUCCAGCAAUCAAAACCGUUGGCUAGCCAAACGACGCCUUCAUCUAUGCAUAGUAACAAUAAUAGCAGAAGACCGUCCACAGACAGCACUUCGAUGCAUCAGAGACAUUGUAGCAGUAGCAGCAGUAGUUCUUCCAGUUUACAACAAUCACAUCUAGAUAGCGGACACAUGUAUCCCCACUCGCUGAGUAAACGGCGGAAAACGAUCCUCAACAGUGACAACAGUAUGACGGUUAUAGCUAGUGCCGGGAGCUCAUCCGGAACGUUGAACGAACACCAUCAUUCGUCGAGAGGACGUGGUCAUCAGCUGCAUUCGCUUCAUUCACACGAAGCCAGUGGCGGUGAAAGUGCAGAUGGUUCGCGCCCUGGCACGCCGCUUUGUGAUGAACGGCCCGAAAAUUUGCCACCUAGUGAACCACGACGAAUGCCAACGAGUCGCUCGUACAAUCAAGAACCCAUGAGUUUACCUUUGCCACGAUUUGCGAUACAAUUUUUGCAGCAAUAUCGAAUGCAGAAUCAAACUCACUCAUCUAGUAACGCUUCAGCUGUAAGCGCAUCUUCGACAUCGUCAUCGAAUACAUUAUCAGCUGUAUCGUCUCAUCAAUCUUCUUCGUCGUUGAACUCUACCCUGACGGGAUCUACAACGCAACAGCUAAGUGUUCUAAACACGCUAUCGUCCGCAGCAUCUAGUGGUGCUGUUGGCAGUUUUGCUGCGCUUUCAUCUAAUUCUAGUCUUUUGGCCAAUACGCUAUCCAGUCCACCACCUACACAUGCAUCCAAACUUUCUCUGCUUAUACCGCCGCCAGCAGUAUCUGGUAGCAACACAGGUUCAGGAAACAUCAGUUGCAGCACCACCAACCCUGAGAUUGGAAAUCAAGCACCAGCCAGUCCAUUAAGAGCACCAUCGGUUAGUUCCAAUUCAAGUGAUUCAGAAGCAGGUCCAUCAACAUCUCCUUCUUUGGAAGAACGAAUGCGCCGAUUAGAUGAGAUGUAUGAAAAAUGGUCGGGUAAUAGUUCAACUCGAUUGAAUAAUGCUCCGAGCGAGCCCCAUUUCAGUGAACGACCAAACAAUUACCCUGUUUUCCAUCACAAUCACAUCGGUGGUGGUAAUGUUAGCUCAAACCAAUCACCGAUUUCGAAUGUAUCGUCAUCGUCUGCUUCUUCCUUUCGACAUAAGUUCCUGGAGUUGGACGUGCACGAAGUUCCUCCGUCUGACAUUGUCAAAUCCGUACUUUCAAGAAAAUCAAUUUUCGAUGAAGAUCUCAAACGGCUGGAGAAUAUCGGUGAUAAAUAUGAACCUGGUACCUAUUCAAAACCCGCAUCCAACGUUAUAAUUCCGCUAGUUUCAGCAGGGUCUGCAAGUGCGUCACCAGUGAAUACGUUUAUGGCGUCCCAAUCCCCACUGCACGCCCUCAAAGCGCAAACACCUCCAGCGACAAAUGUGCCGCAGCGAAUCGGUAGUUGUAGUGCAUCCGGAUCACCAAUGAAUAGUCCACAGCCGUACAACAGUCCUAACCCCUCUGUGAAAUCCGGUCUACAAUAUCCGUUCCCAAGUCAUCCUCCCUCAAUGCCAUCCAUAGCGGUUACAUCUUCGGUUCCUAGCUCAACCUCUACCACAACAACGGUAGCCAGUGUUACGCCUACCGUUAACGCUACUAGCAACACUGGUACAGUGAUAACGACUACAGCAGCAGACUACAGUCCGAAUUCUGUUCCUUCCACGUCUUGGUCCGUCACUUCCAAUGCAAAUACGUUGGUAACCUCCGUUUCCAGUACCCACGCAACUUCUUCAAGUUGUUAUAGUAGUGGAGCUGCAACUACUGCCACGACCACAGUAACAUCAGCAGCUUCUACGUCGUUAUGUGGAAGUAGCAGCAGCAGCAGCAGCAGCAACAGCAGUAGUUCGGCUACUCAAUCAAGUAAACCAAAGACCAACGUUUUUAAUAAAAGUAUUAGUCUAACGGAAAAAGCAAGUACAAAUAUUAGUAAUAACAACAAUAAUAAUUUAACAAGUAAUAGUAAUAAUCAAACUAGUACUAGUGGUAGUAGUUACACUAGUGUGAUUGAUACAACUUCAAUAGUAGCCGGUACGGUUACCACUGUAACGACAACGAGCAUAACAACACCGAAAGUAUCCUCAACGAUCUCUUCUUCUUCAUCAUCAUCAUCGUCAACGACGACAUCGUCGUCAUCGUCGGCCACAGAUAUUCCUGUGACCAGCUAUGCAACAGCGUCCUCAUUGGAUAGUAACCCUACAGCUUCAACGAAUACUAACAAUGCGUCAUCCAGUAGAACCAGUUCUACGGGCAAUUCUAAAAGCAUUGCAAUUACGGCAGCUCCACCUGGUAGUACAAAUGCCGGUACCAUCAGAACCAAUUGUAUGCCACCAUCAUCUAACGCUAUUCCGACGGAAGUUGGUUUACUACAGCAUUCCUCAAGUUCCAAUUCCAACAAUCAUGGCACCAAUACGGCCAAUGAAAAAGAGGAGAAAAGUACAAGUGGUAAUGCUGGCGGAGGAAGACAUCAUAAAGACCGACGGAAAUUGUCUACUGCCUCUUCCUGUUCAACAAGUUCAACUGGAUCAAAUACGCCUUUGAGCACGCCCUCUACCUCAACAAAUGUUUUGCCAUCACUACCGGGCACCAAAUCAGAUGACGCUGAAGAAGAUGAUUCAUCGUAUCAGCAAUCGGCAGGUGGAAGCUCUAGUUCAAAGCACGCGGGCAAGUCGCAUAAAUUAAAUCACCAUCACCACAGCCAAAGUCACAACCAAGGAGGCCAGAGCUUUAGACAUUCCAGUGAUAGCGGAUCGAGCAGUGCUUCAACUUCUGCUAAUACAAAGGGACACUACCAAGACGAUAUGAAUCCGUUCGAUCGACUGAAACGCGAAGCACCUUUAAACAACGCGCUGAUCAAAGUUGGUUCCUCCAGCAAGAAACAUUCGGAUCGCGAAGAAAAAGAAAAGAAACACGAUGAUAGCCGGACUACAAAGGAAAAAGAUGAGCCGAAACCAAGUCAUGAGCUUAAGGAAAAAGAGUAUAACGAGCACAGAAAGAAGGGUAAAAGCGAAUCUGACUUUAAAGAACACGAAGAUCGUAGCAACAAACAAGAGAAAGAAUACGAAAGGAACCAUAUCCAAAAAGAUUGUAACGAUUUCCCGAAACAAGAACAUGAUGGCUCCCAUACAUCGGAAGAAUCCAACAACCGUUUGCAACAAUCUACUAUUCAUGAUUCCAACGAUCCAUUUUCUAAUCAUAUUGAUCAUCGCGAUCGAAUCAAUUCGAUGGAAAGUAAUGCAUCAGCCAGGAACAAUGCAAAACGUCGAUUGAGUUCUCAAGAUAGCAACGAAUCACCCAGUGAAGAUGUUAGUAUUCUUAAAAAGCACAAGCAAAACAAUCAUGACCUCAGUCGAAAUUUCGAACGCAGAGAUUCUGGCAAAGAGGUAAAAAAGGAAAAAUUUCACAAAAGCCACUCACGUUCCGAAAAGUCUUCGAAAUCUUCUUCUGUGUCAUCUAGCUCAUCGGAGAAGUUUAACGUGUUCUCCGGAAAUAUGAAGCUCGACAUCCAGGAUGAAAAUCCUCAGCAUUUAGCGGAAGAACGACUAAGAGAAAUGGUGUUUUCGGCCGGUGAAGAACAAGUGCAUACUAGUCAUCAUCAUAAGAAGAAAGAUCGCUAUCAUGAAAAGCAUCACAAAUCCAAAAAAGAUCGCGAUGCUUCAAAGGAUAAAGAAAAUGCACAAAGUGCAAAUUUCUCGUCUGAAAGCUACGUAGAUCACCGAUCCACAAGUGAGGACGAUGAACAGGCUCGUGCGCACCACAAAAAAGAACGGAAAAGUUCCAAAGAAUAUAGCAGACGUUAUCAUUCUGGUGAAAGUGGUACUGAGUACAAAAAGUAUGAACGAAAACAUAGUAGAGCCGAAUCUUCUGCUGAUGAAGAGGGAAAGAAAAAGAAAAGUCGAAUAAACAACAAUCGAAUGAAGAGUCAUAACAGUUCUGAUACGGAUGAUUCCGAUGAACCCAAGAAGCAUUCUAUAUUUGACAUUCCGGAUGAUGGCCCCAACAUUUCGAUGUAUGACAAAGUGAAAGCGCGAUCAUGUAAGAACAUGCAAAAACAAGAAGAGGAAAAGAAAAUCAAAGCCAAAUUUUCGAAGUUGAAGCAAAGUCGUGCAAAACGGGAAGGUAAAAAUAGAUCCAAGAGCUGGGACGAAGACUCCGACACUGAAGGAAUGAACUCGGAUACAACUAUCAACAGCAGAUAUAAUCAUAAAGACCAUCACAAUAAAAGCGGCACAAUUACCACAUCGGACGAUGAAGAUCGUGUUCCUAUGACACCUAGAACUAAGAGGCAUCCUAAGGAAUCCAUGGUAACAGACUCAGAGGAUGAGAACUCACGAAUACGCUCGAACCGCAACCGUCUGAGCAAUCUAUGCGACGACGAAAGCUCCGAAGGCGAUCAUAUGAAACGAUUGCCGCACACUCCUAGACGAGGAUCGAUUGAGAAGAAAAUGUCAAGAAUAAACUCACGCUCGACUAGCAGGAUCCAAUCGGAUUCGGAAACAGACGACGGUGUAGUUUGCAGUCGAGGAGAGUCAAUUCCACCGAACUGCGAAAAAUUGCUCGACAAAAUAAAGAAUAUGUCCAGUGAAAGGAAGGCGACUAAUAUGGGAGAAACGUUGAAUGCUAAUAUUAAGCAAGAAAUAAAACGUGAAGAGGACAACUUUGAAGAAAGUGCUAAGAUUAACAUCAAAGUGGAAACCAAAGUACAACCUCCAUCUGCACUUAUUACGAGCGACGUUUCUGAUGACGAAGUCGAUAAGAAAAUUGUGAAAGAAGAAAUUGUUCCUGACGCCUUGAUUAAAAAGGAACCGCUAGAGGAAGAGUUUGACUAUUCCAAGCAUAGAUUGGGCGAUGACUCUAAACAAACUGAGCCAAUCACUUCUGCUACCGUAGCCAGUGCAGAAAUCGAAAACACGGUUAAUUCAGCCGUUGAUCAGUUGAUGUAUGGGCACAGCGAAACUAAGAAAAAGCACAAGAAAAAACCAAAGCGUCAUAAAACUGUGGAUAGUUCGGAAACAGACAUUAAGAGCGAAAGGGAUCAUUCGUCUCAUGAAGAUGGUACAGCUGGUACGAUGUUCGAUGAACUGAAGAAAAAUGAAGAUCAGAUGUACUUGGGAUCGAAAAAGAAGCACGGCGGCAAGAAGGAUAAGAGACGAGACAGAUCUAAAGACGAUUAUGAAAAAUCUGGAAAGUCCCGAAAAUCCAAGAGCAAGCACAAGGAAAAUAAAAUCGAUGUUAAUGCCAAGCGUGAGGACAAAAUGGAAGAUAUUUUCGGACCUAUCUCAGAUGAGGAAUCACAGCAUUCGUCUAUUGAAGCGGACGUUUCAAUCAAGGUAGAGCUAGUAGAAUCUGAACACAAUAGUGGUAAACAGAUAACACAAGAGACGAAACCAUCUGUCGAAGAACCGUGUGAGAUGACUGAGAAAGAAAAAUCGAAGGAAGAAUCCCGCAAACGUAAAGAGCGAAAGCGUCGCGAACGUGAGAGAGUAAGGGCCGCUAUGGCUAUGAAGGAAGAAGAUAACAGUGUUGAUCUGGACGAGGCAGGCCGCGCGUUGGAAGCACAGCUGAUGAGCGAUUCUGAUCAGAAAAUCGAAGAUGCGUCCCCAACAUCGACCGUUACUACAAGCGGAAAACGUUCUUCGGUUGAUGUCAUGGAUGUAUUUAGAUUUACGGACGGCGACGAUAGCAUGGAAAAUUCUUUCAAUGAAAAGAAAGAAUCGGAACACGGCCGUAAGGAGAAGAAAAAGAAGAAGAAACGCGGUAAAGAUGAAAAACACAAACAUCAUAGUCAUCAUAGUAACUCUAGCAGUCACACAACUCCACCGAUUUCGACUCUAGAAGUACCCAGUAAUAAACUUUCCCUGGACAUCAUGACAGCUCAGCAAGAAGAAACUAAACAUAGCAUAGGUCGUGAACUAGCCUGUUCGACACCGACGAAAGAUGUAGAGGAGUCUAACACUUCUGAUAUUUUAGAAGAAGCUCAGCAGAACAAAACAAACGAUACCGCAAAUAAUCCGACAAAGAAAAAGGCAGAUAAACUUAUUCCUGGUUUCGGUCUUGAAAUAGAUGAGCAAUUGCACGCCAAAGCUGUACUGUCGAUUUCUGGUGAAUUUAUCACUGAAGCAAGUAGCAAAGAAGAAGGUAAAACAGCGGACGACGACGAAAAACAGAAACUAGACGAUCUAAAGUUAGAAGAAAAAUCCCGAGCUGUUAUCUCACAAGAAGAAACUGAAGACGCGGUCGCUGCUCUUCUGGGAGAAAGUUUUGGUACGUCGAAUACACCCGACUUCUCCAUCGACUUUUCACUAGAUCAGGCUGAUGAAUCCUCUUCGCAACAAAUCUCUGAACCACCACACAUUCCUGAAGAGGAUGAUGAAGAAAUGAAGAAAGCUAUUCUCAGCCUCAAUACAGAAGAGCAUAUAAAACUAGACAUCAAACCGGACACACCUCAAUCCGACCAUGAUUUACAAAUCGAUACAGAUGCUGAAGAUCAAGCAGAUGAUGAUCAUCCGUCAAGCUUACUUCGAUUCGAUAACCCUCCAAAGACUCCAGAUGUCGACCUCAGUCAAAUUGGAAAACCAUUAACAACCGAAUCGUCGGUCUCCAACUCUGCGCCAAACUCCACCAAGAAAGAUGACAAAAUGGAAAUGCCUGAUACACCAGGCAAGAGCGUAUCGGUGACAAACAGCAGUACAAUCACUACACCGAUAUCUUCAGCAACUACAUCUUUUGAAACAUGUUCUCCAAAGACUCCGAAUAAAUCUACAGACGGACUACCUGGUUCCAGUUUGGCAUCAUCGGCAAGUACUUCAGUGUUUAAGAAUAUAGAACCGUCGCCAGUUGCUAUUCCAGGACAGAGCAUGAAAAAUAUUACAACCGGGUCACUAUCUCAGGCGACACCUAUUCCCUCCGUUAGUAAGACGAUGGCAUCCCCAAUACAGGCUCAAACUAAUUCUUUGGCAUCGAAUACACAAAACCAAAACACAGCCAGUACACAAAAUUGUCAUCCAUAUACGAUGCCACCUACUAUCAGUAUACCAGACGCUGCAUUAGUGUAUCAGUCGGUAGAAACUGGGACGUCUCCGAAAAUGUCAACGAACGCAGAUAUGCGGUUGCAAUCUCCCAAGGUCAACCUCCAAGUACAUUCUCCAUAUGCAAACACACCUUCGCCUACCACGGCUACUAGUCCGAAUUUGCUUCGACCGCAUCAAAAUAUACAGAAUAGACAGUCACCACAGCUCAGUCCGGUAACGGGGCCACUCCCUGUAAUAAUUCAUCCAUCGAGUUCACAACUGCAAGCGGUAACUUCGAACUCUGUAAGUGCCAAAUUGGUACCAUCGGUGACGCAGCCUAACUCUCGAUUUCCUAUCGUCACCCCAACAAAGUCCAUACCACCUCCGAAUAAAACCAAUGAACAAACGCCUAUUAAACAAGCUGUUCCUAGUGUUUCAAACAAUGCGACUUCGUCGGCAGCUCGGAGUUUACCAAGCGUGGCAAGUACACCUGGAUCAAUAGGUUUGGGCAACGUUGGAUCUACUGUACCUAUCUCAACAACCUAUGUGAUACACAAUCCAAACACACCUACUAAGACUAUUGUGCAUCAGCAACAGGUUUAUCCGGGGUAUCCUCUGAAGCCAUUUGUUCAAUCACCGCCACAGUCUAAUGAAGUCACCAGUACACAAGACGUUAAACCGGCUAUUUCAACUAUCACAACCAAUCCGAACCAUUCAGCAGUUCAGUCGCUUAGCAAACUAGACACUUCAAACACAAGUAAAUCAAGUGACACUGAACCGAGUAAAGUAACAGAUACCAAGAUACCAACAGAUAUCACUGUCGACAAAUCUGGAACAAAUGAAAUAAGUCAGGCUACUGAAUCCACCAACAAGCCGACUGUAGGUUCAUUGUUGACAGAAGAAAAUGUAUCGAAGAUCUCAGAGUCGGUAGUUCUUGGUAUCGAUCAAGAAGAUCAAGAAGGUGAUUCGAAGGAAGAUAGUGAUUACUGGUCAGCAAAGGAUACAAUAAUCGAUUCGGUAAUAAAGAAGGUCGAUGCGCUUUGCUCUGAAGAUGAUGCAUCGGAUGCAGGCGGAUCAGAAGCCAACAAGGAUGACUGGAAUAAAUCGGAUACACAAGCAACAGGAGAUGUCAAAGAGUCCUCUUCAAGUGUAACGAUUCCAAGUAAAGAACCGAAAUCAACUCUUGAAAAUUCAAAGGCAGAAUCUAUUCCAAUGCAAUCUUUAUCGAACAUUGUACCGUCUACGCAACCUGCUGUAGUUCAAAGGAAUAUAACAACAGUUGAUAUUGGCCAAAUAGCUCAAACAGAAGAAGAACAUCCUGAUGAAAUCUUCAGCGAAGGUAGCGCAAUGCAUGGGCCUGCAGGUCGUGGUGGCAAACGAGGAGGACGACGUGGAGGUCGCAAAAAUUCGGAAAGCUUAGCUACACCUGUGAAAGCACCAGUUAGUUCGGUAGACAACAAAACACCAGAAGGAGAAUCUAGCAAACGGGGAGCUAAGAGUGGAACCAAAAGAGGACGUGGAGGUCGUGGUGGAGGUAGAGGUGGUGCCAAUGUGCAUCCUGGUCCUGCCACUGGUAGUCGUGGAAAGUUUUCAAAUAACGGAUCAGACGUUUACGAGUUUCACGAUGACUCUGGCGAGGAAGUUGCAGUUGGCGAUAAGCAGCAACAGGAUGUCAACCGCCCUCGAUUAGUGAUGACUAUCAAAAAUCAAUUGACCACUUCACCACCAACAUCAGCAACGAACACAUUCUCUGUGCCUGUGACAAACUUGUCAACUACAGUUACGAAUGUUACCUCAAGCGGUGUCCCGAUUAUGCACGCAUUACCCGUGCAAAUGCAACCCACGACAUCUUGUCCAGUUGCCCAACCCCCAGUUGAAGCACAAAGUUUACCGGCACCUGCAACAGAUACUCCGUCCAAAGAAGAUUUCGUUCAUCCUGCAGGAGGAAACACUCGUAAAUCGCGAAGACUUUUGGAGAAAGAUGGGCGUACUACGGUUGAUGACAUUAUCGAUGCUGUCAUUCGAAACGGUCCAUCACCUAAAGAAGCGAAUGAGUCUCCAGUGCCGUCAUUUGUAUCGACGCAGCAGCAGCAGCACCAGCAACAACAACCGAUGAUGGUGCCAGGAUUAUCAUCCCAACCAAUGAGCACAAUUUCGAUCAGUACCGCUGGCGGAGUUGCCAAGCCACCGGUGCAGGGUGGUCAAUAUUCAACGUCGCCAAGUGAUCUGUCCAUGCAUACAGGAGGCAGGAGAAAUACAAGACAAAAUCUCAUCGUGCCAAAUGCGGUUGUUACAGACGCCCGAAAAUCUCCUAGAUCGGGAAGAAAAGGAAAGGAUCGAAAGAUAUCGGAAACGUCAGUUGACAGCAGUGACGAAAAAAGCGUGGGUAUCAUUAAACCGAGUCAGUUGGAUGUCAAAAACGAUGAACAAUCUGUUGCUGGUACUUUGUCAGCGACAACACCUAUAACACCGAGUUUGCAGGUUACCCGGCCAAAUGAGACGGCAUCUUUAGCUGACAAGUCCAAGGAAAAGCCGAAGCAGAUGACCGAUAUGAAACAGGAAUUCGGGCCUACACAACAAGGUUCUUUGACUUUGAUUGAUCCUGUCACCGGAGAGUUGACUAUGAUGCGUACGAGCAAAGAAGGACAAUAUUUGCCGAUACCAAAUGCUCCGCAGCCUCUCAAGAAAGUCAUUGCAGCAGCAGCUACAGCCGCUCAAAGUGUUGAACAGUUCAAGUCAAACGCGUUAUCACCAACUCCACCGAUAUCAGCAUCGCCUUCGCCAAUACCUAACAGAACGCCUACUCCUGGAGCGGUGCAUCCCCAGGUUGUCACCAGAGUUCCAACUCCGAAUACGUCGAUAGCUCAACAACAUCAACCGCAGCCAAUCGAGUCCAAUAAAAUGAAUGCAAAUGUUAUGGGGAAGCAGACCAUUAGUUCGCAGAAUUUAAUGAUGCCUUCCUCGACGAUAGUAGUUCCUUCAGGUCAGAACCCUGGAACGGUUGUUAUACAACAUCAAACUGGUUCACAACAUCCAACGGUAGUGCAACAAGUUUCAAGUAAGCCACACACAUUGAAAGCACACAUGUUGAACGCCCAGCAGGUAAUACAACAUCAAAAUCAAAAUCCGACAACACCAACCAAAUCUGUUCAACCACCACCAAUGGCACAACAACAGCAAAUUAUCUACAAAUCGACGCUUCCAACUCAACAAAUUGGAAUGCCAUCAGGAGCAAUACACACAACAACUGGGAAACAAAUACAUCCUAGUCCAAACAUCAAGGUUCCAGGUCAAACGAUUUCACAGCCCACUCAACAACAGAUCAUAAUCCAGAAUCCGAUAUCGCAACAGAAUGCUCCAGGUAAUAAACCAGGACAACCACUACCGCAAGCUCACCAUCCCACUGCAGCAAUGCAUCACCCACCAGGUAGUGGAAACUUGCUAAUUAACAUACCCCAGAACUUACAUCAAAUGGGAAAUGUGCCAAUGUCACCUCGUAUGCCUCAACACCAUCAAGUUUUGGUCACCAAUACCAAAGGACCAUCAGGGGCAAUACAAGUUCAAUCACAACCAAAUCCACAGCAAGUAAUUCAUAGACAACCAGGACCUCCCCAAACGCUGCAAAGUGGACAGUCAAAUCAAACCGGAUCCCAGCAAAUCAUCAUUCAUAGCGGUAAAGCUCCGCCUGGUCACCAAAUAACAGCUGGAUAUACAACAGUCCUCCAAACUGGUGCUAAAAUCAUCCAUCAAGGACCGGUUCAGUUGUCGUCUCAGCAAACUAUGGUAGCACAACCUCAGCAACAUCCAAUUGGAAAGCAUACGACACAAACUAUUCAGAUUUCCAGCAAUAGUGGGGUUCCGAUACACUAUCAGGGACAAGUCCAUAAGACAGUCACAACCGUACAUGGCGGACAGCAAGUUAAAAUACAACAGCAUAAAGUCGGACCUGAGGUUAUUGGUCACAUGCAGCAGCAACAGGUAGGACAUCUAGGAAACAAGACAAUGGUACAGCAUACGACAGCUCUCGUAGGAAGUGGCGGUAAAAACGAUCAACCACAAAUCAUCACUCAAAAUCAUUCUGUUGGUUUGACCAAGAUCAAUCACGUGGUGUCUGGUUCAACAUCGUCAUCUCAACAGAUAGUGAGCGGUCAGCAGGGACAGCCCCAGUUGCUCACGAUUCAACAGAGCACCAAAGGAGUGUCGCCACAUCUGCAACACCAGGCGCCACAAAUUCUCACUGGUGCCGUUGCAAGUCCUCCUUUGAAGCAACCGCACAUGCAAAGUCAACAGCCAGUCGUAGCGGGAGCAAGUAGUUCUCGGGUUGCCGUUCCGCCGAUAAGUCCUCAAGGAGCACCUGGUCAGACAGUGCCACCGAAUUCGGCUGCGCCACCGCACUUGCGUCAUGCUCAACAAGGACUUAACGUUCCACCGCAAGUUGCAUACGACGCUAAUCCGCAUGGUGAUAUAUCUACGUUUAUCAGUCGUGGACAAAGUCCACCACCGGCUCACCAACAGCAGACGUCUCCAAUAACACCCGUACAUAACGAUGCUGUCUUCCGUGGAGGAAUGCCACGUGAUUACGUCAAGUACGUGUACAACCGUGGCAAUAUUCAAAUACCAAGCAGAUCGCCUAUGCUUCCUGGUUCGGUUGAACAGCGAGAUAUCUCUGAAAUAGAGGAAUCGGUAGCCGCUAGUCCUCCUCUGGAGCUGCGUCGACCAUCCAGCGGACCGCGACCUCUGACCGUGCCGCACAGUUUGCAGAGUCCUGGAGACCGUUCUACAGAUUCUCCACAAGUCUACAUGGGAAGCGCCCGAAUACCACCACAUUCAUAUUCGGACACAUUGAACACUAGAUUCUACGAUCCUGGGGCAGGAGGACCGAGUGUCCCACCACGAGCCGUUAGCACUGAGCCACCUCCAGCUCAUCGACCGCAUAAUUUGACGACCAGCACCGGUGGCUUCCCACCUGGUUCCUAUCCGGGAACGCCGAGUCAGACGCCUCCUCCAGUGUCGCCAGCAAACUUGGCACAACCUCCAUCUCAAUCCCAACAGCGUGAUCGUGUCGCGAUGACAGGUCAUGCUGUGGCGAGUACAGUGCCAUUGCCGGCACACAGUGGAGGCUUGCCGGUUCCGCUCAACCAACCACCAUCGGGACGCAACGUUCAGGUGGCGACUCCUCCUACCAGUACCCCCAGCAGUAACAACCCGAAGAUGACACCAUCCGGCCUAUCGGGAUCUGCACCAACACCAAGCGAUUCCUUGGAUGCGCUCCUUCAGCGCUACCCAGUCAUGUGGCAGGGUCUGUUAGCAUUGAAGAAUGACCAGGCUGCCGUCCAGAUGCAUUUCGUUCACGGUAAUCCGGGCGUUGCAGGAAGCUCCUUGCCCAGUAAUGGUGAUGGAACCACUCCGCCGCUUAGAAUUGCCCAACGUAUGCGUUUGGAACCGGCACAGAUAGAUGGAGUUGCGCGCAAGAUGCAAAUGGACCAAGAGCACUGCAUGUUACUGGCGCUACCCUGCGGUCGCGACCGGAUGGAUGUACUACAGCAACAGAACAAUCUACAGACCGGCUUCAUAACCUAUCUGCAGCAAAAACAGGCCGCCGGUAUUGUCAACAUUGCAGCCCCCGGUAGUUCCCAGGCCGCCUACGUCGUGCAUAUCUUUCCGUCAUGCGAGUUUGCCAAUGAGAACCUGGCUCGUAUUGCACCGGAUCUGAUGCGAAGGGUGGCUAACAUACAGUAUCUGCUAAUUGUGAUUGCCACGGUCUAGGAGCAAUGUGACAACUUUCUGAUGCAGGACCUAGGAAAAUAGCAACAGCAAUAACUAUAGCAUAAUUAACCCGACAGAGACAAAAUCUAACAGAAAUACAGAGAUAUGGAAAUCAAAUCAAACGUGGAAGAUGAUGAUUGUGCAAUGAUCUCAUUUAAAAAAAAGUAAUACAAACAAAUAAAGAUAAAAGCAUAGGUAAACUUGUAACCUUUAGGAAGAGAAAGAGGGAUAAAGGAAUGAUGAAAUAAUGGAUGAGUUUGUAACAGCUGAGACCGUUUUAGAGAGCAGUGAUAACAUAGAUUUUUAAUCAAAAAAGUAAAGGAAAUGGCUGAAAGACAACGUUGAUGAAUAUGAUGAGAUAUAGAUUUGACUUUAAAGAACUUUCAAGAAUGGAAAGGAAGAGAUCGAUAAAAAUCUAGUGUUGAGUAUAAGUUGUUAAAUAAUAUUGUAAGACAAACCUGAGGGAGAGCAGGAUAUGGUAUGUUUAAGAGAAGCUAUUAUUAAAUGGUUGAAUAAUCUUUAAAUAAAAACCGACGUAUAACAUGCUAAGCUAUCAGUAGCCCAGAUGAUACAAGAAGGCUGUUACAAAUUCGCGAUCGAUGAAUGAUCAAGUGCAGCAUUUUUUUUCUAAGAAUAAAUAUGAUUCUUUUUCUAAAAGGAUACUGUAAAAACACAACGGGAAGAAGUUUAUGUGAAAACUGUGAUUUUGAUAAUAUUUUUAAGUAUUACAAACUCUUCUUAAAACAUAUAUAUGAAGAAUACGUUUAACGACAUGUUGAAUAGUGAUUGAUUUUCUUUGAUUACUAUUGUUUUGAAACACUACUACAAAGAACGAAACAAAAAUGAGAGAUUGUAGAUGCUGCUGUACAGAAAUGAAAGCAUGCUUCUUCCCUUAAUUUAUUGGUUUUGUUUUUUUUUUUAAAUCAUUUUGUUGAGACUAGAAAGCGUGAAUGGGAGUAGUAGUUUUCCUUUCUUUCUUUCUCCGAUUUGUACGAAACUGCGUGAAUGGUGGGCAAGUGUGGAGAUGUCGUAAUAAUAUUUAUAAUGUGUAAAAAUUAGCACUAACGUAAUUGUUGAAGCUCUAGAAUAAGAAUAUGAUACAACUAAAUAACGAAACACGAUGAUGAUGAUGAUGAUGAUGAUGA